AUGACAGACCACCGUGUAAGCAAGCGAUUCCGAUCCUCCACCUCCAAAACCGAACUCACCGGCAAAAACCUCCGCAAAAUCCGCGUCUUCUGCUCCGAUCCCGAAGCCACCGACUCAUCCUCCGACGAAUCCGAUCACCGAUCCUCCACUCGCCGUAUCGUUUGCGAGAUUCUCAUCGACCAGAAUCAGAAUGAGAAUUCGAAUUCCAAUUCACCGAAGGAUUCGUUAGGGCAAACGGAGAGGAAGAAAUUGGCGGGAGUUAGGUUAAGAAAAUGGGGGAAAUGGGCGUCGGAGAUCCGUGACCCGUUUAGCAGAAAACGGAUAUGGUUAGGAACGUUUAAUACCGCGGAGGAAGCUUCUAAAGCGUAUAUGGAUAAGAAGCAGGAGUUUUUAGCGAGAAAAUCCGACCCGAACCGACCCGGAGUUGAUGGUUCAGCGCCUGUGCAUUGGAAGAAAUCGAAACUGAAGUCGGAAUCGUGGUGUAAAUCGGUAUACGCUACGGUAACGAAACCAAAAACUGAGGUUAAUUGUGAUGAUUGUGAUAGUGAUCCGGAAGAAGAGGCUUUGAAGGCUCUUGAGUCGAUGAAGCUGGCAUUCGGGUCCGGGUAUGGGGGUCGGGUUGGGGCGAGUAGUGGUGAAACGGGUAAUUCGACAGAGGAUUCGAAAGAAGAGGAAAAGAAGCCACCUUGGAUGGGUUUGGGGAUUGAUAUGCUUGUGAUAGAUAACCAUGGGAAACUGUUUGGCCAGUUUAGUAGGCUGGAUGAUGACCUUAAGAUUUGUUGA